GUCCCCAAUUGUUGUGUAACAACAGUGUGAAAAAGUUUGGUUAAGUUGCGUGGAGACAGGGGGCCCGAGAAUAGAGCAGCUUUGGAGUUAAUAAAGUAAAGUGCGGUAAAUAAUGGCAGCCACCGUAAGACGCGGACCGCUGGUGCUCCUUAAGAAAUAUUGGAACGAGCAACCCGAAUUAGUCGGGAGUGGGGCAAUGGGGAUACUGGGAUUGGGACUACUAAUCUGGGGGGGCUUCAAAUACUAUGAAAAAGAUGGGAAUAAUCGACGAUACAGGGGGCAUUAUAUCGUCCUUCGGCACGAUGACCCAGCGGUGCAAAAGCUAAAGAUCAGUUGCGAUGUUACUUCGAGGUCUUAAAGUCAGGAACACAGUGAAUUGUAGUAGUUUCUAUUCGAUAGUGUUUAUAUGUACAUUUUGGUAAAUAAAACUGUCUAUUCGUUAAAACAA